AUGGAUGUCCUGGAGUUUAACAUGCGCCCGUCCUUGGGUUGUUGCUUGCAUAUAAUUCUGUUCAUCGCUUGCUUCUCCUUUACUUAUUUAGCCAAGCUACCCUCUUCUCCAUCAUCACCUCCACGACGCCUGCCUGCCUCUUCCCUCCCUCCUCGUCCUUCACGCUACUACAAAAGACCACACACAAGCACAGCACAGCACAGCACAAGCAAGUGGUCACACUACUGGCAAGCUCCCCAACUCAGGCAAUUCUCUCGCAUAAACUACUACGUGGCUCUCUUGGCAGAGGAUCUAGAGCAGCGGUGGGUCAGCGCGCUCGCACCAGCUUCGAUGGGCCUCGACGUCACGGAAAUAUCUGAAUCGGCGGCCCUCCGGCCGAUCCAGACGGCCGUGAGCGGCGCCCGGGCAACGGCAGCGCCGGGGGCGGAUGAUGACGCUCCAGCCGCCGACAACGGCUGCGUCACACCCAAGGCGAGCGGCGCGCGGUCAGCCGCUGCAGGAGGAGGGGACGACGACGACGCUGCCGCCAGCACCGGCUGCGUCACACCCAAGGCAAGCGACUCCAUGGCCAUGCUGCCCAUUGCGCCACUGCGGGAAGACGAUGUCGGCGUCGCCACGGCCACGGGCGGAGAAAUUGGGCCGCGAGACGGCUGCGCCGCUGCAGGCGACGAGAGCAGCUUCACCACGCCGACGGCAGCCGACAGCGCGCUGGUGCAGGCCACUGUGUGCCCACCGGCGCCGCGGAAAACGGCUGCGGCGCUGACGAGGAAGCGGGCGCCGCUGCAGCAGCGGCUCUUCUAUCCGGUGCCCCGCGACCUGACCACCGUGUUCGUGGCCGUGCCGCAGUGCCCGCCGCCUGCCAAGAAGAUGCGGGCGCACGUCGUGGAGUCAUCGGUGCGUCUAGGCACGUGACGAUGCUGCCACCGACAUCGCCUGCGUCACUCCCACCCAAGGCAAGCGACAUCAUGGCCAUGCUGCCCAUGGCGCCACUGCAGCAAGACCUCGGCGUCGAUGUGAUCGGCCUCGCCACGCCGCCGGCCACGGGUGAAGAAAUCGGGCUGCGAGACGGCUGCAAGUACGGCGCCGCUGCCGGCGACGAGGACAGCUUCACCACGCCGACGGAGGCCGACAGCGCAUGAUGCUGGCGACGGUGUGCCCGCCCGCGCCGCGGAAGUCGGCGCCGGCGCCAACGAGGAAGCGUGCGCCGCUGCAGCAGCGGCUCUUCUUCUACCCGGUGCCUCGCGACCUGAUCGCCGUCUUCGUCGCCGUGCCACAGUGCCGCUGUCGUGACAUAGUACGCGUAGGAAGACGGAGAGCACACGGCGCCGCAGUCGUGGCGUGCGCUUUGCCUUUUCUUUCUGUGUCCUCGCUCCACUUGCACCAUGCACAGUGAUGUACUACUUCCAAGGUUGGACUCGAGCGGCCACCCA